AUGAACGACCAGUACCACCGAGCCGCCCGGGACGGCUACCUGGACCUGCUGAAGGAAGCCACCAAGAAGGACCUGAACUCGCCGGACGAGGAUGGCAUGACCCCGACCCUCUGGGCCGCCUACCACGGCAACCUGGACGCCCUGCGCCUCAUCGUCAGCAGAGGGGGUGAUCCAGACAAAUGUGACAUCUGGGGGAACACCCCCCUCCACCUGGCAGCAGCCAAUGGCCACCUGAACUGCCUCUCCUUCCUCAUCUCCUUUGGGGCCAACAUCUGGUGCCUGGACAAUGACUACCACACCCCACUGGACAUGGCAGCCAUGAAGGGGCACAUGGAGUGUGUGCGGUACCUGGACUCGAUUGCUGCCAAGCAGAGCAACCUCAACCCCAAGCUGGUGAGCAAACUGAAGGACAAGGCCUUUCGGGAUGCAGAGAGGAGGAUUAAGGACUGCGUGAAGCUGCAGAAGAAGCACCACGAAAGGAUGGAGAAACGGUACAGAAAGGAGAUGUCAGAUAAUUCGGACACCAUGAGCUUUUCCAGCUAUUCAAGCAGCACCUUAAGCAAGAAGUUCCAGCACAUGUCUAUGGUGACUUCCCUGCCAUACUCACAAGCCACCAUCCAUGGCACAGCCAAGGGGAAGACGAAAAUACAAAAGAAACUAGAGAAGAAGAAGCAGGUGGACGGGACAUUCAAGAUCUACGAGGAUGGCAGGAAAAGCGUGCGCUCUCUGUCUGGUCUGCAGCUGGGCAAUGACGUCAUGUUUGUGAAGCAGGGCACGUACGCCAGCCCGAAGGAGUGGACUCGCCGCAAUAUCCGAGACAUGUUCCUCACGGAUGAAGACACUGUCUCCCGUGCCAUAAGCGACCCAGGUUUGCACAUGGACUCGGCCCACUCGGAGGUCAGCACCGACUCCGGACACGACUCCUUGUUCAACCGUCCCGGGCUGGGCACCAUGGUGUUCCGGCGCAACUACGUGAGCAGCGGGCUCUUCGGGAUCGGCCGGGAGGACGGGGCCGCGCCGGGGGAGGACGGCGCCGACGGGAUGGGCGUCAGACUGCGGAGCCGCCUGCAGCGCUCGCCAAGUCUCAACGACAGCAUUGGCAGUGCCAACAGCCUGCAGGAGAGGAACGCGGAGGAGCUGCCCUGGGAUGAGGUGGAGCUGGGCUUAGACGACGAUGAUGAACCAGACACAAGCCCCUUGGAAACUUUUCUGGCUUCCCUGCACAUGUUUGAAUUCAUCUCCAUCCUGAAGAAGGAAAAGAUUGACUUGGAGGCCCUCAUGCUGUGUUCAGACAAUGACCUGAAGAGCAUCAAUAUCCCUUUGGGCCCCAGGAAAAAGAUUGUGGAUGCCAUCCAGAGGAGACGACAAACGCUGGAGAAGCCAGAUGUCAUUGUAGACACUGAACUGUAA